AUGGCCGGCUCAAUUAACAAGCCCAAGAAGCCAAAGUCCAAGCGGACGCCCGUCCGCCUCCGCCACAAGAUCGAGAAGGCGUCGGCGGCCAAGCAGAAGAAGCAGAGAAAGCUCGCCAAGAAGAACCCCGAAUGGCGCUCCAAGCUCAAGAAGGAUCCGGGAAUUCCCAACCUGUUCCCCUACAAGGAGAAGAUCCUCGAAGAGAUUGAGGAGAAGCGCCUGCGGAAGGCCGAGGAGGCUCAGAAGCGUCGCGAGCUGGCCAAGGCGGCCAAGACAGGCGCCACUGCCACCGAGGCUGCCGAUGAGGAUGAGAUGGUUGAGGACCUCGAGGGAGGUGACGACGAUGACAUGAUGGUAGAGGACGAUGAGGACGUUGACGAGUCGAACCCCAUGGCUGCGCUGCUUGCGAGCGCCAGAGCCGCCGCCGAAACCUACGAGAAGGGCCUGCGCGAUGACGACGACGAGAUGGACGAUGACGAUGAUUCAGACGACUCGGAUGCUCCCGCUGAGAUCGCCGUCGGCAAUGCCACCUCCCGCAAGGCCUUUGACAAGGUUUUCAAGCAGGUCGUCGAGCAAGCCGAUGUCAUCCUCUACGUCCUCGACGCCCGUGAUCCUGAGUCCACCCGCUCCCGCGACGUCGAGCGCAGCGUUAUGGCUGCCGCCAACGGUGGCAAGCGUCUCAUUCUCGUCGUUAACAAGAUCGAUCUUGUGCCUCCCAAGGUCCUCCAGGGCUGGCUCGCCCAUCUGCGUCGCUACUUCCCGACCUUGCCUCUGCGCGCGUCCAACGCUGCGCCCAACGCGCACACCUUCAACCAUAAGGAACUCACGGUCCAGAAGACUUCUGCCGACCUGUUCCGCGCGCUCAAGUCGUAUGCUGCUACCAGACAGUUGAAGCGUGCUGUGUCUGUCGGUGUUAUCGGCUACCCCAACGUUGGCAAGUCCUCCGUCAUCAACGCCCUUCUGGGCCGCCUGAGCGGUGGCCGAGGGGCCUCCAAGGCGUGCCCUGCUGGUGCCGAGGCCGGUGUCACCACCAGCAUUCGUGCCGUCAAAAUCGAUAGCAAGCUCACCCUCCUCGACUCGCCUGGUAUCGUCUUCCCGUCUGCCUCCAACACUUCUUCCGCCGGCGGUCUCGUGUCUCUGAAGAACGCGACCGACGCCCACGCCCACCUUAUCCUCCUCAACGCCGUGCCGCCCAAGAACAUCGACGACCCGAUCCCCGCCGUCACCCUUCUCCUGCGCCGUCUGUCUGCUACGCCCGACCUGCUGCAGAAGCUAACGGAUGUGUACGACCUGCCUCCUCUCCUGCGCAGCCGCACUGACGGCGACCUCACGACCGACUUCCUGGUACAGGUUGCGCGCAAGCGCGGUCGUCUCGGCCGCGGCGGCGUGCCCAACAUCAACGCCGCCGCCAUGACCGUGGUCACCGACUGGCGCGACGGACGUAUCCAGGGCUGGGUUGAGGCUCCUGUUCUUGCCGUCCAGAGCGACGCCAAGGACGGUGCUGCACCUGCUGCCGGCGCGGCGGCGGCGGGUGAUGACUCCGUCACGCCGGAUCAGAAGACGAUUGUCACGGAGUGGGCCAAGGAGUUCAACAUUGACGACUUGUUUGCGGGCCUCACCGCGUCGUCCGGCGAAGACGCCAUGGAGCAGUAG